CGUUUUCUCGUUUCGUUAGUUUUGUAAAAGGCAGAAUACGCUAGAUGUUUGCAUUUUUGUACAGUCUGACUAUUAAACCUUAUGUUUCGUUCUGGUCUUUAUUUGACGUUCCUAGCAAGUAUAUGUGUUUUGGAUACAAUGUGUAUGGUAACGAUGUUCACAAUAAGUUGUAACGUGAUAACCGUUAGCGUGUUGGUGAGUGAAGCGAGAUCGCAUCGGCUGACACCUCUGCGAUGAUAAUAUACACUACUAGCCAUGAUCGCUAAUCUACCGUUGCUUUUCACAAACGGCAACCCAAUAGCGAUAUCAACAAUAUCAGCUUCACAGCUUGAGAAGUUUAUAACAUUUAUGGUGACAUGUUCUUGGGGUCACGACACCGUCAAAGACAUUCGCCAACCACCAUGGUGGCCGGAAGAUGUAGAAUUUUCUCAUCCCUUUGUGAAGCCAGCACAAGUGCCGCAGGAUUGGGAGACACGCUUGAAAAACCUUGUAAGGCGAUGUUACAAUCAUCACAAGAGUGCAUUUUUACUUGUGUUUUCUGGUCAUCUCGCGCGCUUACCGAGAAGGAGGCUAAGGUUAGUUGACAAUCGAGAUCACACCACCUCUAUGUACUACAGGCCAAAUGGACGGCUUUUAGUUACUUUUAGAAAUGAGAAUCUUUUUUAUGAUAGAGAAGAGUCGGUGGAGAAAGAGCAACCGCUUGUGAAAUCCACCGACAUAUAUCUCUGUGACAGUUGUGAUAGUCAUUUUGAUAAUUUACAUACAUUACAAGCGCACGAGAGGCUUUGCAAUAAUGAAGUACCCACAAGCAUGUGUAAUGGGGGCCUGGCAGAAUUUCUCUCUGCACUUAAGCUGCAGUCAACACAAGACAUUGCCCAUAAUGCUAGUGCUAAUAAUAUCAAUGUAGACACUAGACCUAAGAAUGCACGAUCAGCUGCCAACAUUGAUAGAGGUCCUCCCUUCCCAUUUUCUUCCUUAGCUUAUAUGCGGAAUGUUAAAACGAAUGUUCAGAGAGAUUCCACAUAUUCUAGAGAACGAAUUGAAAGAUAUUGUUGUACAACGACUCCUUUGAAUAGAAAUGUAGUUAGCAAAAGUAGAAAUCAAUUUACAAUUAGGUACAGAAGGCCUAUAGAUUAUUGGCACAGAACACACAUGUUCCCAAAUCAAAGAAACAAGAAGUUACUUGAUAUAAAGGGACAACUUUUAUAUCUUAAGUGUAGGCCUGUAUCUGUAAAUGUUGAAAGAAUGUCAUUAAAGAGUAUGACAGACUAUAUUGAAAAACUCAAGGAAGAAUCGGAGAGAAGAAUGUAUGUUGCAGACAAAGAUAUAGUGUAUGUUGAUGGAUUUGAGUCUGAUGAGACUGCAGAACCUGAUGUCAGAAGUGCGGAUCCAUUGAAGAGAUUAGACAACGAUUGUGAAGUGAUUGACUUGUGUUCAGAUGAUGAAGAACCUAGUGGCAAUGAGAAUUGUGAUCCACGUGCUGGUGUUACUUGUGUUAUGAGAGGUGGUGCAGUGCUGCGUAGGGCUGCGGCAACACCAAAUGCCCUGCCAGCAGAGCCCUGCGGAGCACGUCAGCGACCUCUCCCAGUACUCCAACACUUGCCUUCCGCAGUGCUUCAGCCACACCCUGUGAUUCUGAUCGCUCAUACUUUGAACAAUUUACAGACUAUAACUUUAGAAUGAAUUUUAUAUUUUAAUUAUUUCAGGGAUUUUAUUAUUUAUUGCCCUAAAGCUUUUGACUAAUGGAAAAGUUAAGGUUGUAACAUAUAAAAGCAUUGUACCCAUCUGGCAGUGACUCUUGCUAUUUAGUGUCAAUUGGUGGCUAAAAUUAUAUCUAUCCACAACUGCUGGUUGGGUAUGAUUCUUUUUUAAAUGUGUGGUAACCUCUAAAACCAAUAUUAUUCAUCAGUAUAGGUUUUAUUUUUAUUAAGUUUUUGCUUUUGAGUUAGUAUCAGAAUUUUGUUAAAUUUUCUGAUUUUUCAAGCUUUGUCAACAAUUUGUGAUAUUAAUAACUGAUUCUUGUAGAUGAAGAAACAAAGCUUAUACUUUGAAUAUCUUAUUUAUGAACCUGAUUAUGAAUGUAAUUUAAAUAAUUAUCUAUACUCUAUAUGUUAAUGUUUAUCUUUAAUUGACAGUUGUAAAAAGUAAUUUUCUAAGGCUGUGUUCAAUUCAAAUUUAUUAUCUGUAAUUGGCUUUGGUCAAUGUAACUUUUUUUUUCAAAUUCAAAAUUAUUCUUUGCAUCCUCACAUCUAUGCAAUCACUAAAAAUCAAUGUAAUGGGAUUGAAAACAUUGCUGUUUGCUUUUAUACUGAUAGUGUAAACUGUCAGAAUAUGAUAAUACAUUUUAUGUGAACAUGGCCUAAAUAUAAGAAAUUUUCUAUGGCUCUAUGUACAUUAACCCUAUUUUGCAGUAUUAAAUUUCCAAAUUUGAAAAUUUUAA